GAGAGAACGAAGGGAAAAGACAGAACCAUGUAUAGAUGAGAUGGUACGAGUGGAGAAUCAGCAAUCACUUAAAGAAAAGGGCUUUAUAGAGAUGCAAGUUAAGAGACAUCAAGGGCAGGUUUUGAUACAUCAACAGAAGCAAUAGAAGAAGUUCUACAAAUCAUGGAUGUUCAAAUACAAAGAGAGACUAAAUAAAAUGCAAGUUCUGCCAUUACAUGUUGUGCUUCUUUGGAGUAAUUCUUGCUCUGUUUGGCAUCGCUGGAGAAGUAAAGUUGAUUCCACUGGCCAUGCUGAGAUGGUUGGCGCAUUAGAGUGUCUGAUAAGCAUAGAGAUUGAAGCUGGAACGUUCAAGGCAUAUAGACUUGUAGUGUUUUCAUGUCAGUGGAGAUCACGUCAGUUUAUGAAAGGAAGAGAUGGUGUUUUCUUUUCAUACAAGCUUGAGGGCAAGCUUGUUUUGGUUGAUGGGAGUAUUGAUAGGCUUCUAUUCUCUUGAGUCUGACGUGGCAAGUGAUAUGCUGACAUGUUAAUGAGGAAGGCUCAGGAGAGCCUUGGUCUGGUGCAGAAGGUUUGCUGUUAGAGUUAGCUCAGGAAGAAGUCGGAUAUAAGAAGAGAAGAUGACGAUGAGAGAG